CUCGGCUCCCCCCCCUCCUUCCCUUCCCUUCCGCCCGAAGUCUCCACGCUCCCUUUCUUCCGUUUAAAACCUUCGCUUCGUCUCGACUCUACCCGCGGCCGGCCAUUCUCCCUCUCCCUCGCCCAACCCACGCGCGCGUCAAACCCUACCUAGGGCCCCGCGCGUCCUCCUCCCCGGGGGGAGGCUCCAGAUCCAAUGGGCGCGGCGCCGUCGACGCCGAGGCUGGGCGCGCCGCCGUCGCCCGGCGCCGCGGAGCAGAUGUUCGCGGCGCUGGUCGGCGGGAAGGCCUACCCGAUCUCCUCCGAGUUCUGGAACCAGCUGCUCGAGCUGCCCCUCACCCUGCAGUGGCCGCGCGACCGCGUGCUGCAGGCGUGCCACGCCUUCGCCCAGAACAACUACCAAACCAAGCAUCUUGCAAAGAUUUUGAUUCAUUUGGUUUGGUGCUUGCAAGAGUGCACCUCAACAACUUCUGUAUCAUCUGUUGUAUAUCGAAGGGCUAUCAAUGCUGCAUAUAUCUCAUCCAUAUUUCUCAAGUUCAUCAUUGAAAAUGCAAAAGCUGAUAAUUGGCAAGAGCUAUGCCUUGACAUUGACAAGAAUGAGAAGGGGAUGGAAAAUUUUCCUGCAGAAAGCACUGUGGAGUAUUUUCUGAUGAGAGGCGUGCUGAACUACAUUGGUAAUGUAGAUGUAAGCUCGGAAUCAUGCUACCUACAUCAUGAACUUCUGAACUUGAUGCUAGUUCUUAUGUCAACUCAGUUAUGUUCUGGACCAUCUCCAGAACCAAAAGAUGUGCAUCCUUUCAUUGAUGCAGCUAUGCUUCAGGACAGCUCCAUAGUAGUCUCAGUGGUGCGAAAGUUAUUGCUCAAUUUUGUAGCGCGGCCAAAAUUUCCUCCAAAUGGUUCACAUCCUGUUUUUUCUGAUGAUGGUAGGCCUGGUGUUCUGCAGCGAGUUGGCUCAGCAGCUGCAAAUUUUGUCUUACUGCCAUAUUAUACGUUCACCUACCUUGUAAGCUCAACUCCUGAGGGUGCAACAAGUCAAUUGGCAGAUAACAGUUUGCUUGUUCUGCUUGUUAUGAUCCACUACCGGAAGUGCAUUUCAACUAAUGAGUCCAUUCCAAGCAACAAUUUAUACACGGGUUCAGAUACCAAUGACAAGGAAGCACAGGUUUUUCAUGAGAAUCCUUAUUGCAAAGCAUUAAACAAUGCUAAGGACAUUCAAUAUGAUCGUGCUGAUGUUGAAGGAAAUGCUCAAGAUGGACCUGUUGCCAGGUUGUCUUUUGCAUCGUUGUUUGACGCUCUUGGAAGAUGCUUAAACGACGAGAGCUCGGUUCUGUUGCUCUAUUCUUUGGUCCAUGGGAACUGUGACUUUCAGGAAUAUGUCCUGGUUCGAACAGACUUGGAUACUUUGCUCAUGCCUAUCUUGGAAAUGCUCUACAAUGCAUCAAGGAAGACUUCAAAUCAGAUUUACAUGCUGUUGAUUAUUCUCCUGAUCCUCAGUCAAGAUUCAACCUUCAAUGCUAGUGUGCACAAAUUGGUGCUUCCUGCUGUUCCUUGGUACCAUGAGCGCCUUAUGCACCAAACGUCUUUGGGAUCUUUGAUGGUUGUAAUACUAAUCCGGACCAUCAAGUACAACCUCUCCAAGCUAAGAGAUGUCUACCUUCACACAAACUGUCUUGCAAUAUUAGCAAAUAUGGCUCCUCAUGUGCAUAGGUUGAGUGCCUAUGCAUCACAAAGGCUGGUUAGCCUCUUUGACAUGCUUUCUCGCAAGUAUGCCAAACUAGCUGAGUUAAAAAAUGACAAGUCUCACAAAGUUAUAUCCGAUCAGAUGGAAGCAGACAACAUCGCAGAUGAUAUGUCUACGGAGCUUCACAUAUAUACAGAUUUCUUAAGAAUUGUUCUGGAAAUCAUUAAUGCAAUCCUUACAUAUGCAUUGCCUCGGAAUCCUGAGGUUGUGUAUGCUGUAUUGCAUCGUCAGGAGGUUUUUGAGCCAUUUAAGAACCAUCCACGUUUCAACGAACUGCUUGAGAACAUAUACACAGUAUUGGAUUUCUUCAAUAGCCGAAUGGACAUGCAACAAUUAGAUGGGGAAUGGUCUGUGGAUAAGGUGCUUGAAGUCAUCAACAAAAACUGUCGUUCAUGGCGUGGAGAAGGGAUGAAGAUGUUUACCCAGUUAAGGUUUACAUAUGAGCAAGAAAGCCACCCUGAGGAAUUCUUUAUCCCAUAUGCAUGGCGCCUUGUCCUGUCACGGGGAUUCUCUUUCAAUCCUGGGGCCAUAAAUCUGUUCCCUGUGGAGAUUCACCUUGAUGAUGCACCAUCCGGUGAAGAAAAGGUUUAGGAAGAAUGAUCCGAACCUGAGUUCUGACAAGAACAUAAAGACAUCUUUUUGUUUCAUCGUGGCGAAGAGCUUGUUGUAAAUAGGCGGCAUAUACCAGAUGGUCGAACUGUACUCAUUCUUUUGUAUUAAUAGUUCUGUUGGUUCAUAAUGCUUGUAUAAUGGAAGAAGGGAUGGAGGGAUUGCGCAAGGUGCUAGAUAUUUUGUUAGUAGUGGGGGUAGAUGACUAUGUAGGGUAUAUACUCAAUUCGUUCAUAAAUUAUUGUUGUAUUGUAAGCCGAAAGACUUUUGUAAUAACCCCGGUCCCACUCUGUAUAACUAUGUAAUCUAACCUUUCUUUAAGAACUAUACCCACCGUUUUUCC